CUACCUUUAUGUGCCGAUCCACUGACCCACCACUUCCGGAAAUUUUGUGUACGAUUCGUUUGCCGCCAUUGAAACAAUAAUUUUGUUUGUAAAUCUCAAAACAAUCUGAGCCAUCAUGAAACUUGUGAGGUAAAUCUAACAGUGUAAUUUACUUAAUUAAACUACUUAAUGAUUAUUCUUUAGUUUAACAGUAAUAUUUCUCAAGUUUAUUGAAGUUAUCGAUAAUUGGUUACCCGGUAAAAAAUAGCUUCUUUCGGGUUUGUUUACAUUCUAUGCAAGAACGUUAACGAAAAUCUUUUGAUAUAAAUCUUUUAACUUUCUCUCCGAUCGGCUGAUAGAUAGAUAGACCAGUUCUUUUUAUAUAUUAACUUUAAUUCUGCAUUACCAGUACUACCAAAGUAAAGGAAAUUGAGGAAAUUUUCAAAAAAUGAGACAAUUGAAAUUGACAUGACAACAAAUACUUUAACUUAUUUAAGAAUCAUAAUGACUUGAAUUAGUCCUAUGAGAUUCAGAAUUCGGCUGAUAUUAAGGAGGGAUGCCACGGCGUCUUUUGUGUGUUUAUUAUAAUUGCCGUGAAUUAGGGUUAAGGUUAGGUUCGAUGUAGGGUUCAGGUUAGUUAAGGUUAGGCAUAGGGAUCGAUUUAGGGUUCAGGUUAGGCAUAGGGAUCGAUUUAGGGAUACAUUCGCGAAAUUCGAUAAAAAUGUGGCAUUCGUCCUCAAAAUUUACCCAGAAUGCCCUUUUUUAUUAGUAUGAAUGCCAUAAAAAUAGGCUAGAACUUAGAAUUAGGCUAAGUAAGUAGUAAGUUAUUUGAAAUGUCUGCACGUCCGCUGCGCCGUACAAAUAGUGCGUCAGAUAUACGUCCUGCGGUAUGUCACUCUAGUAGUUUUUAUUAUUCCGAACGAAGUGCAUUUAGGUAGAUCUUGUGUGGUAGAGUGGUUGCUUAAUGUUAUUAUGAUUUAAGGAUCAUUUCCGGGGAAAGGAUCGUUUCUUUCCCACCCCCCCCCCCCCCCCUUUAUAUUAUCAUGUUCAUCAGCAACAGUAGUUUCAUGAGAAGUUUUUAAAAAUAUUUUGUAGCAAUUUAAACAAUUUAAAAUGAAAUCUUUUACUUUUAUGGGUUGUCUACUCCACACUGGCCCCUAAUUUAUUUUAUGGAUUAAUGGUACACAAACUCAAAUAACAAACUAAACAAAAAUGUUUACAAGCCACUUUCACUUAAGUUUUUUUCUAUUAUUUGCAUUCAAGAUACUAAGUACAUUACUUGGUAGAGAAAUGGAUUUUAAAAUGAACAAUAGUUUUGAAUCAUUCGCAGUCACAUGACAAGGCUGACCGACUAGAUAUCUCUCGCCACUUUGUUACGGCGGUCAUGUGACUUUUCACAGGACAAAUAGAGCGGGAGAUAUACGCCCAGCGUGCCGGACGUGUAGACACUGCCUAAGUUAAUUUAUGAAUGCUUACGUUUAUAGAGUGUAAGGCCUAAAGCCUAAGUAUGACAACAAGGCUACUUGGUUAAGCUAAUAAGGCGGCCUAAAGACAGAGUUAACUUAAGGCAGUUAAUUUAGGCAAGGAAGGAAGGCUAUAAAAAGUGGGUGUUUUAGAAUAUUUUUAUUUAUUUGGAUUAAUAAAAGAAUCUUAUCUUUAAUCUUAACCGCAUGAAUGAUUGGCAUGAAUUAACUUGGAAACUCUUACAAGUUACAAGUAGACCUACUACUAUUACAAUUGAACUGCCUGCAAUCUUUUUCUACUCUGGUUGAGAUUUUUAACUAUUUUCUUCUACAUGUUUUAAUAGGUUUCUUAUGAAGCUCAGCCAUGAAACAGUCACAAUCGAGUUAAAGAAUGGAACUCAGGUCCAUGGAACUGUUACAGGUAAAUUUAGUUUAAGAAUAUGAUAAAGCAAAAUCAGGACAUAAGACUUAGGUAGGUACUUGGGUAAAUUUUCAAAAUGCUAAGUGUAGCAUUAGUUUUUCCAUUGAAGCCCUACAAUUAAAAAAGAAUUGUGCUGCUUCAACGAUUGCCUACAAAUUGCAAAUAUGAUUAACAUUAUGAUGUCAUUUGAUAGGCCUUUAAAUUGAAAUAAAUAAAACAAAUUAAUUUUUGUGUGUAAAGCAUUUCAAAAUAUCAAUUCAUCUAAAGCCUAAACAAAUCUUAAUUUUAAAUCUAAUAUAAUAAUAAUAAUUAAGUUUAUUUCAAAAACACGCUUCAUCCCCAAAGGCUCGAGGCGCGGUACAAAGUAUUAAAAAAAUAUAUAUAUAUAUAUAUAAUUUACCACAUUUAAAACAAACGGAACACUACAAAAACUAAUUACAAGCAUACCAAGUCAAAGUCUUUCUACCCAUUUCAACCCUAAGCAACACAGCCAAUAUGCAUUAACUGGAAAAUAUGGUAGACAAUCAUCCCAGAAGGUGUUUGCGAAAUAGGUAUGUCUUUAAAUCGGUUUUAAACGACUCCAGUGUCUGGUUGUUUCUGAGAUCGACAAGAAGGGCGUUCCAAAAUGUUGGACCAGCAAAUGCGAAAGUGCACUUUCCUUAAGUCUCAAGGCAAACACGUGGUGUCGAGCGUUUGCCACUAUUUGCCACUAAUAUGAAGAUAAAAUAUAUUUUUCUUCAUAUUUCCAUGCUACAAAUGCUAUAAAAUAGUGCUUUUGACAUUGUUUAUUAAUCAGAUUGCUUAAGAUUUAAAAAUGAUUUGCUGAGGUGGAUUUGGCCAUCUUGAAAAUGGUAUCCAGAGAAGAAAGCCAUGUGUUGGCUGUUUUGAAAAUUUAAAAAAGUUGUUGGGGGAAUUUUAAUUUGCCCAUUGUUGUAGAUAAUUGGAUGCUUUAAACAGGGGUUAUCAUGAAAAUCGAGUCUGGUGGAGUUUCUAUGAGAAAUUAAAUAGAAGACUUAGCUUAAUUUAACUUGAUAUAUAUAUUUUUUUAAAAAUCAUGAUUAAAAAAUGGAAGACAUAGUAUUUUUCAGUUUUCAAUUCUCUUUAAAAUGAUAUAUAACACUACCUAUUUCAUAAAGAAAUAACCACAAAAUAUAUUUUUUCCCAAUGCAUAUGCAAUGUUUACAUUUUGAAGUGGACAAAAAGUUGAACAAGAGGCACGUAACUCUGCAAUGAUUUGACACUAGCAGAAAACUGAUUUACCCAAGUACCUUACUUAGACCUUGUACGUUUUAAAAAACUGGUAAAUUCAAUAGGGCCUAAGCCACCACCAGGCUAAAAAUAUUGCUUUAAAUCUUUAAGGAUUAGGUCUAAUAACUAUACCCCUAAAUAAAACUAUAACCAUAGUUUAUAGUUCGUUUUAUACAGUUUUCUUUUUUUUCUGCGACUAUUCGUACUCGGACAUGUCCGGGGCCAUUUUGACUAAAUGCUAUUCAGAUGUCAUUUGUGGUAGUUUAUUUUAGCUAAACUGAAGAAGUAAGUUUACAUUAUAUAGUCCAUUCAAUUAUCUUUAUUUGAUACCUCAUUUUGUCUUACAAACCCAACAAUAAUAUUUUAAAUAGUUUUUUAAUCCCAACCUCUCACUUCUGGUACCCGGGUAAAAAUAGCCACUUUGUUUUUUUUCACUCGUAUAAUUUUUUAUUUUAAUUUUUUAAAAGUAGGCCUACAGUAGUCUAUUCUAUAUUUAUUUAAUCAUACAUUUGUUGAAAAAAUAAUAUUAAAAAUAAUUUUUAAAAUUUGAAGAUUUUAAUAACUUUGAUUUUUUGUGAGUUUUGAAACACGUGAGUCUGAACCGAGAGACACCAUCUUUAGCCAAUUUUUGUUAACCGCAAGUCAACUGGUGAAAAUAUAGAUAGGUUCCUACAUGAAUCAACUGAUGAAGAUAUUUGAAGAGUACUAGAAGGUUUGUUUUCAAGUGUUACAUCAUUCCUUGUUUUAUUAUAAAUUAUAUAAAUGUAUCUGUUUAACUUUGUUUUUAAGCAUUUUGAAAUUUUUUAGCCAUUUUAAAAAUGAAAUUACUUAAAUUGCAUCAUUUUAUGAUGCGUGAAUAUUUUAUUACAUUAGAAAAUAGUGACAUUGUUGUCCAUAACGACUGUUGAUAAAGAAUGUAAACAAAUCAGAUGGAGCUAUUUAUGAUUUAUUUUAUCUUAAAGAACCUGAAAUUUGACAUCUGUGUGUGUUUAAAAUAUAAAAAAAUUCAGUUAUAGAAUAUUUUAAAGUCAUAAUGGUUUUUAAAGCAAUAUUGCAAGCUAUGAAAACAGGAAAUCCAAGUGGAGUAUUUUUAGACAUUGUAUUCAUUGAUCCAUUAAAGUGGAAUAUGUAAUAUUAGUUGUUCUUUUAUGUUCACAGGUUAAACUCAUAUGAUGUUCAUAAUUAUGACCCAACAGUUCCCACUCCUAAGUUUCUCCCAGCCAGAAAGCCACAUUUACAUCUGACAGAAGAAAUGUCAACAAGGCAUAGUGUGAGGCAGUCAGUCUCUUCAUCAAAAUGACUUUUUCAAGUUAAUUUAUCUCAUUGGAUUUGGUUGAAACUUUUGUAAAAUACACCAGCUAUCUUUCUACCAUGGAACCUACUAAACCUUCCAUCAAAAGUGGUUGGUUGAUAUUUCGACAGAUACAUUUUAUAUCUUGGACUUACAAUGUACAGAGUAACUGUACAGGUCCCCAUUGUACAUAAUACUGAUCAACUUCAACACCGUAACAUGGAUUUGGUGCUCAUGCCUUUAUGUCCAAAACCCCAUUUAUUAAAAUUAAGACAUUCUUCAAAGCUUCUAAUAUUGAAACAGGAAAUAAGGACAAACUGUGCAAGGGAGGUUGUUGUCAAACUUUAUCUGAAGAAAAAGAAGGGAAAAAAUCAAAAAGGGGUGAUACGUGGAGGAUGGGAGAUAAUACAUUUUUCAACUGAUUAGUUUAGAGAUAAUAAAGCGCUCUCUCUUAUUUUAAAUUAUAUGACAUCAAGUGGAUUUUAUUUUGUGAAAAGAACCAAAACUUGUGGUGUAUAUAGGCAAUUAUUGUUUAAACAAACAAAUGUUCAUACAAACAUUAACAAAUACGGUACAAUUCAUUCAUGUGUGGUGUUGACCAGUUGAUAAAUGGGUGCAACAUCCUAAGGAAAACAGAACAGUACUGCAUAACCCCUUUUUUCCAUGUUGUUGAUAUUGUCAGCUAUAAAUACUAUAAUCUCUUUCAGGAGUGGAGAAAAAAAAAAAUCUGACAUAAAUGAACGACCCAAAUAUUUGAGCAUUCGUUGGAUUAUUAAAACUGAUAAUGUUGGGAAAUUGUAAAGUGUGCUUUAAAUUAGGAAAGCCACAACAACUAAAAAAAUCCAGUCACAUGUGACACUUACCUUUGUUUCAAUUUUAAAAAAACUUGUUUACUGGGUACCAUGAAGUUUAAAUUGUCUGCUGAUAUGUUUUCUGGUGUGUAACCAUGAAAAUAUAAAAACCCUGUGCUUCUACUUCUUGUGAAUACUUUGUGGUGGGGUGAUGAAUUAAAAAACAACAUUUUUUAUGAUUUCCCCAUUUUUGACACAUGUUACAAAAUCUUUUAUAUUUUGGUGAAUUGUUCAAAAAAUGUUCUGAUUUCUUUCUAAAAUAUACAAAAAAAAAUUAUUAUUUUUCUUUAAUAAACACAUUUUAUGAAAACAUUCCAGUAAUUGUUUUUUUUCUCCUUUGCAUCUAAUCACCAAAACAAUUUAUAACACAUACCAGUAUGCAUAAAAUAUCUAUGCAUUAUUUUUCUCACAACUUCAAAAUGUUGAAUUUGUAUGUUUAGAAACAAACAUGUAUAUGUUUCAGCACAUGCCUUCAUCAGUACAACAAAAAGACACAAAAGUAUAAAUUAAAUUUACAUAAUAUAUAUAUAUAUAUAUAUAUAUAUAUAUAUAUAUAUAUAUAUAUAUAUUACAUAAUAUAUAUCUGUCUAUAUAUAUUUCUUAUAAAUAUAUAUAUUAUAUAUAUGUUUCAGCACAUGCACUCAUCAAUACAACAAAAAGACACAAAAAUAUAUAAUAUAUAUAUAUAAUAUAUAUAUAUAUAUAUAUAUAUAUAUAUAUAUAUAUAUAUACAGAUCCUACCUAAAAUAUAGCAGUCUUAAUGCAUUCCUUACAAAUUUAUAUAUAGCAUCUUGAACUUUGAGUUCUAAAAGUAAUUGACUCUUUUUCUGUGGUCAUUAGAAAUAGAAAUCACACUUUUAAAAAAAGUGAACAAUUCAAGGAGUGUUAAGUGUUAAAGGACAAUGUAGUGUUUAUGGAAAAGUUUUGGGAGAAUGCUUAGGGUGAAUGGAGAUGGUAGGGGAGGAUGGGUGAUUUUUGUUUGAGUCUUGAAGGCUUCAGUUUUUAUUUUAAAAUACUAAAAGAAACACAAACUUUUGUUUCAAAUAAUUAAUUUUCAUCUCAUUAAUUGUUAAUUUUCAACUGAAAUAUUUUCUUUUCAGGGGUUGAUGUUAGUAUGAAUACACAUUUGAAAGCAGUUAAAAUGACUGUGAAGAAUAAAGAUCCUCAACAAUUAGACUCUCUCAGUAUUCGAGGCAACAAUAUUCGCUAUUAUAUCCUGCCAGACAGUUUGCCUCUUGACACACUACUCAUCGAUGAUGCACCACGCUCAAAAGCAAGAGGCAAAAGGGAGGGUGGAAAACGUAAGUUAAAAUAAUAAUUCAUGCAAUAUUUUGGUUAUUAAAUCAAGUUUCAAUUCAUAUUGUUUCCUGUAGAGCUUGAAAGUUUGUGAAUUUCUGAUUAUGGGCCAGUCAUCUACUCUAGUUCACCUAGGUUCUUCUUUGAUCUAUAGGGAAGGUACUGAAUUUUUGAAUAUGUGGUAAGAAGGCCCUUUUUUUUUGGUCAGCUUGUUCAAUUGUUGUGACCAAGGAGUUGAUUGCCUAGAAAAAUUAAUGCAGCUGCAUUUUCAAGGGUCACUUUUUGAUACAUAAUUCUUGUGCUGAGAAAUAUAGUUUACAUGUCAUUCGUUUUGUUAAAUGAUGUUGGGUCUUAUAUGAAAGAAGAAGAAAGAAAAUUAUUAUCAAAGAAAUAUCUGGGUUAACACUUACAUCUCGGUCAGAAAUUGCUAAGAUAUUGAACAAUUUAAAUACUAGUUGUAUGUGAAAUUUACACGUUUCACUCACAUUCACAUGUCAAUAUAAUAGGAAUUUAUAAUUUUCACACUCAAAAUAUAAUUAUGCAUUGCAAUUCUUUUUAACAGCACCAAUGGGAGGAAGAGGACGUGGUCGUGGUGGGCCUAGAGGUCGUGGUAGGGGUGGCCCUCGAGGAGGAGGUGGUGGCGGUGGCGGGCGUGGUGGUGGACCAAGAGGAGGAAGGCGGUAGAUUCAACCUGGCAUUGCAAGAAACAACUGCUUUCAUCUCCAGCCACUGUAAAUACUUCAUUAUGGAUUUUUAUGCCUCAUUUUAAAAAAAUGUACUUGUUAAUGUGUAGUCGCCUUUUUAAGAUAUAUUUUUGUAUAUUGUAAGUGCCCAAAAUACUUAUCAGAGUAGUAGCAUCAGGGCUGUUUAAAAUUUAAAUAGUCAUUUCCCAAUAGUUAUUCAACUUGUGGGCAUUUUAAAUGAAUGCUUCAUAUAAUGAACAUUGGCAGAUUUGUGGGAGCUGUUCAAAAUGAGCUAUAAGUUGACUUUGAGGUUUAAGUCUAGUUUGAAUGUCUGAUUCCCUUUUAUCAUUUCAUAGCAUGCAGGAAAUAAUUCAUUGCAGCAUUGUUGAUGAAAAGCUGAAGGAGAAAAUGUCAUAUAUAAAAGUACAUGUCAAAUUUCUGUAAACUCAACUGCCUGAAUAAAUAGUACAUUAGACUAACAGAAUAUGUUAAUGAGAUGUAAGACACUUGCCUUUUUAAGAAAAAGUUUUGUACCAAAUAAAUUAUAAAGCAAUUUCAAUCUUAAUGUUUAAUAGCCUGGAUGUUUUUUUAACAAAAAGUAUUCAAUAAGCACAUUGUUUCAUUCGAAGACUGCAUCAUUCCCAAAAGGGUGGAAUUAUUUGUUAUUUGUAUGUACUUUUUCAAUGACUGAUUUUUGUCAAGUGUUAUUUUUAAAAAUAAAAAUGCAAAUCUUGAUUAAAAUAAUUUUUUUUUAAAUGUUAUUUUUGCAUGCUUGCAACAUUAAAUGUUUUGUUUUAAUGCGAGUGG